CUGAGCCGCCCACAGACCUUCCGAGCCCGGAUUGGCCGAGCGCCGCCCCGCGGCGACGCCUCCUGGCGGUGGCGGCGAGAGCGACACGUGGGGCUCGGCGGGGGGCUGUUUAUUUUUCCGUUCGCGCUCCGGCGCGGUCACGUGCCGGGGAGAGGCCCCGCCAGCAGCGGCGGCGCGUCACGUGAGCCGGGCAAGAUGGCAGCUGCGGCGGACGGCACCGACCUGGAGGCCUCUCUGCUGAGCUUCGAGAAGCUGGACCGCGCCUCCCCGGACCUGUGGCCCGAGCAACUGCCCGGGGUUGCCGAGUUCGCUGCCUCCUUCAAAAGCCCUAUUACAAGUUCUCCUCCUAAGUGGAUGGCUGAAUUGGAAAAUGAUGAUAUCGAUAUGUUAAAGGAGCUGGGGAGCCUUACUACAGCUAAUCUGAUGGAAAAAGUUCGUGGCCUGCAGAACCUGGCUUAUCAGCUGGGCCUGGAUGAAUCGAUGCCCUUCCUGCCAUUGCUGUGGUGUCUAGCUAUACAAGAAAGUCUGGUGAGAGCUUCCCACCACAGAAACAUUAAAACCGAUGCUUGCUACGUGCACAUCCCAGAGUAUACACCAACCAGACUGCCAAAGACUUGCAAAUGUAUUGGUAAUCACCAGCGCUUCUUUCUGUUGUUCUCUGCAUGGAUCAGUUUGUCACCCUGUCUUAGGUUUCUCCCCCUGCUUUGCACACUGGAGCUGAAUAGCACAUGUAGAACUGGAGGACAAAUCACUUCUGGUGAGGCCUAUUGCAGGAGGGAUCAGGGUCUCCUUUACACCCGUGCUCCUCGGCUUGAGCUGUGGCAGACUGAGAUGGGCCUCACCGAAGAAGAGCAUGUGCCGGGUGCUGCAUUUCUCUUAAGGCUAACUCCCAGCGAGGCUUAUCAGAGAUGGAUGGCAAGUCUUCCUAACCACAUGGUUGGGUUUGAUGGUGCGCUGCUGUGUGGCAGAGUGGGUACCCAUGCACUACCAGAGAUGAGAAAGCACAAGGCAGGCCGGGGAGCUGAACUCUGUGCCACCCAGGUGGGCGGUGGUGAGAAGGUGGGUGUCCCCAGCAACGGGUAACUGCUGCGCAGCCACCGGCCCCACGCCACCAGAGCUGGGCCCCAGCGCUUGGGCCGCUUUCCUGGCUGUUCCUCCCCGUCCCCCUUCUCAUCGUGGUGCCCGGGAGGCGGCUCCCCAUCCGUCUGCGGCGCAGGGAGCGCUGGCUGCUGCUCGUUAGAAGAAUUCCCCCAAGUCAGACCUAUGGUACGAGCCGUGUGAAGCGGAAGACAAUUAGGGGCUUAUUAGUGUCCUGGGGAGACGUGUAACUUGUGUUGCUGGGACUUACCAAAACAGCGAGAGUCUUACCGGCAAGCUCCAGCCGAGAAAAGACUGAGGGAUUGUCUCACCUAAUUACGGGGAAUGGGCCUCUUUGUGUUUGUGAUUCGGUACGGUUGUCCGAUCGCUUUUCUCUGGCUGCUGGCUCAGGCCGAGCUGGAAGUGUGCUAAUUAGAAGAGAAAUGGACGUAGUGAUCCUGUCAGCUCUCGUUACCGGCGCGGACAAAGCCGAAUAUUAUUCAGAGGCAGUGUUUUGUGAGUGUCCCCCUUCCAGCUCUCAUUAAGGGCAAGGUUGGUGGAUGGGGAGGGGACUUGACCACAUGGGUUGGCUAAUGGAGCACAGUUACCGUUACUGUGCUAAUUAACAGGCUCAGGAGGCAAAUGUUUCUCCAACCAGCACUCCCAGCAGCUGCACCUGGUGCUUCCAAAACCCAGCCAUCUCGCUAGGCAAGCCAAGCAAACACUGUGUGUACUAGAAGGGGGUUUUUACCCCCUCACAUAGAGUGCAAGGUGUCAUCUUCUGCCCUGCAUGGGUGAGGAGCAGGUAGCAGGGAGAGACUUGAGGGGGCCUCCAACUGCUAUCAAGAAAUAUAUGUCCUGUGAAUUGUGAUCGUCACAGGUCUCAUUGUGGUCAGGAAGGGGAAAGCUGGAAAGAUGAGAAGUGACUCAGAGGUGAAUCACAUUGUUCCUCUCUAUACUGAUGGUUGGACACUUUUGGUCUGAGGUGAGAAGCAAGAUAUAUGUACAUAUCAGGAUGCUUCUUUAGCCCUAGAAUGGCAGCUAGGCAAAACCAAAAUUAUUUGCUUGGAUUAAGGCAGGUGAAGAUGAUGACCAAAGGAAAUGACAAAAUACUUACACUUUCAUGCCAUUACUCUAAACCUGCUGUAAUGGAAGUAGAGACAGUGAUGGGAGAGACAGAACAGGAGCCAGAGAGGUCUGUAGCAUCACAGCAGUUGAGAUAGCAGCAGAAGGGAACAGCAGUGGGUGGUGAGGAGAAUCAGUGGAAACAAGUAUUCUUAUUUACUUGUUAGGCAGACUUUCAUUCUAAUGCAUAGAUGGUUUUUUUGUUAGGAAUGUAGUAACUUGCAGAAGUAAUUGCCAGUUGAUGUUUCCAAAGUUAUGGGAAUGUGUUAGCAAAUAAGUCUGAUUUGGAUGUUAUGGUCCCUCUAAAGGUCCUUAAUUAAUCAGUGUGUUUGGACUAGAUGUAGCAAACCAUAUAAUUACGUCUUAAAGCUUUCCAUUUGCGUCCUCUGUUUUAACAACAUACUCGUAUGCACUCACGCAUGCAUGGAUGCUGUUUUCAGACAUACUUGCUUCAGUGUUAAAGCUACAAGAGGUUCCCACUUUUUCUUCCUUGGGCUAUAUGUACCUGAUGGUGAAGCUGUUACAGCAAGAGGGUUAGCUGUGCCUUUCCAGAGCUCCAGCAACAGUCUCCCAUCAUUUUGGAUGAAGUUUGAACUCUGAUUGUGCUUGUGCCUCCUUACUUUUCUGCCUCCCAUAGCUGUGAGCCCAGCAAGGACUCAUUCCCCAUGUACACUAUGUCCUAGCAGAGCUGUAAAAGCCUUUCCCUUUUAACUGGGGCUCAUUUCCUACUGGCUGCUGUGAUGGCUUGAAUCUUAGGAGUCUUGAUGCAGAGACUGAUCUCCAAAGAGGGCUUGGAAAGUAUCUGCCCUGCAAAGAGGUUUAUUCUAGAAGGAGGAGAAGUGUAAUCCUCUUACUAAAACCCAGAGAGAAAAGGCGACAAGCUUUACUGGUCCUGCCUUACACAGCGAACUGGCAGCAUUUAUGUUGCCUCAUGAACAGAAAGACACAGAGAGCAAAACAUCUGAUUGCGAUUACUCCACUUGACCUGAGGCUCUCUGAUGAACACACAGGAAAACCCACAUCACCGCUGCUUUCAAGAGUCCCAGCAGAGCAGAUCAGUAACACCUGUUACUGAAGAGGAAAAACUACUGUUACUGCCUGCAGAUGGCCUUCCCUGCAGAAGGUACCCUGCCUUCCAGAUGCUUCAGUCCUGACCUAAGGAGGAGCCUCCGAUCAGCGGGAGAAAACUGAAGACCAUCACACCCACCUCCAUUUUCAUGCUUUGGAAGCUCAGGAGUGGAGUCACCUCCCUGAGUAAGAGUUGGUGACACUUCCCAUGUCAAGCCUCUCUCAAGAGACUGGACCUCACUGGCAGUCACCAGGAGACAAGUCUCCGAGAAAACAUGUUGCUGGUUUCUCAGUUUCUUUGCCCAAGGAAGUACUAGAGUUCUUGCUUGUUAGACCUCUAUUUUACCAGCCUGUCAUCUGCUGUAUAAAUAGUAUGUCAAAUUUCCGACUUCCAAAUGCAGAGAAGAACUGACUGAGUAUAAAAAAGUGUUGGGUUUGUGUCCUUGUGCGGAGGACAUUCUGGUGAAGAACUUCCUUUAUCAGAUAAGUAGCACUUGAUAUAGUGAAGACAGGUGGAAAAUAUGCAGACGGAGGGAAAAGGUGCAAUGUCUUCUUGUGUCCUUUGCCAAGACCUUCUGGCAUUCACGUACCACUUACCAAUUGUAUGGUACCCAGUGUGUGGGCUGGAGGGGUGUUUGGAGCAGCUUCAACUGCAUUGUAGUAGUUAGUUAAGUCACAGUGAUGUCAGCAAGUAUCAAAGCUUCAUUGUGCUGUGAAUCAUAGAAACACAUCAUAAUUAGGUGAAGGUCUCUGUCCUCAAGAGCUUAUGAGCAGAUGAAGCAGUAAAAGAGUAGGAGAAAAGGAAACACCAUGAUGUAAAGAGACUUGUUGGAGGUUGUCUCACAAACACAACUAAAACCCAGUGACUUAGCCGCAGUCCAGUGGCCCUUGCACUGCUUGCCAUCUGCCUUGUUGUUUCAUUAAAUAGAUGUGGCUUUAAAAAAAACCCAAAAAAACAAGGGCCUAAGUAACUGUGAGGCAUUAGUAAUUUAAAUAAUGAUACAUUACAGUGCAGUGCCAGACAUUUUCAUUGCUUUUUAAAGACCUGUAAGAACUAUUUGAAGAAUGACUUUUUUUUAAAAAAGUCACUUUAAUGCAGCACUAAAAUUUAAAAAUGGAACACUAAAAAUAAAGGUUUCUCACAGUGCUUUUAGCUGCCACAGUGUACACGUGCUUUUAGGAGAGCCAUGAGCAUUACAGAGAUCCUAAUAAUGACUAUAACAUCUUCACUGAUGUCGAAUGUUUAACCUGACCUUCCUGAGCCUUUCACACCCGUGCAGAGAGGCUGUGCUACUUUCCAGAUUUCAUGUCAUUCUGCCAUCUUAAAAUCCUUUCUAUCGCUCUGAUGCUCUGUGGGUCUGGUCCUGCCUUAGAAGAGAACAUUACUGAAGUGAUCACUGAAGCUCUCUAGGGACUUCAAAGUAUAUGCUGAAGCAAAAGAGAGAACACUUCUCUCAUUCAUUUCAAUAAUUGGGAAAGGGAGGAAUUUGCUACAAUGAAUAUUAGUGUACUUCAUUAGUGGAACGCAUCUCAGUAAGGCUUACACGAGUUUCACCAGCAAGCAUCAAAAUAUUAUUAGCAAGCUAUUUUGGUAGGGGAGGACUGUGGAAAUGGAGUGAUAUGGAAGACUGAAUGAAAAAUACAGGGAAAGGACGAGAACUUAAAAACAGGGACUCAGAAACAAAGAGACCAACAGAGGUAAGAAAACAGCUUGGAGGACGGCAAGGCAUGGGCAGGAGGCUGGGGACAGUGCAAAAGAGUGAGGAAGGCAUACAGUUACAAAUGUAAUUUUAAAAGAAAAAUAGUUUUAAAAACAAAAGGGGAGAAAACAGGAAGAGACAGUGGUUUCCAGCAGGAAUGAAGUCAGAAAAAAGCAGAAGUGUCACAAGCAGAGGAACUAGCAUGGAUUUCCUUCUGGAUAUGUCCCUCAAGAUUCCAUUAUCAGUGGAUUCUCUGAUGCCUCACGCUUCAGUGAGGGCAGUCAUUGCUUGUCUUCCCUUAGUCAGACACUUAAUGUAACAAAACAUACAGAAAUAUAUUAUCUGCCCUCCACAGUGUUUUCUGAAAUUGGCCUACACAUUCCAAAUUUAUUGGGACACUCGCAGACACCUGUGUAUGGGUGGUAAGAGAAAAUGGCAAAGAGCUGAAAUUGCAAAUGGAUUAAGUGAUGGAGAGAGGGAAACAUUAGGAAAAUGGGGAUUUAUGUCUGCUAUUAAUACAUUUAAUUUUUACUGCCAUGUUCUUUUCUGGUUUUACAUUUUAAAAAAUGAAAUUAAUGAGGAUCUAUUUAAAGCCCUCUUCGUCCCAAAUGAGACUGUCUUCCCUGUGAGUGUCCACACUCGUUGUUUCUGGGGAGAAAAAUCUCUUACUGCGGUUUUGUGUCCACCAUGUGGUAGGAGAGACUCCAGGAGCUCCCCUACCAGCUGUACCACUAAAACCUGCCUGGGACCUUGUUGACAGCAUUAUGUGGGACACAAAUACAAAAGCUGUAAAAGCCUCAUGGUCCUUCCAUACUGGGGUGAAUUGCAACCCUUUUACUCAGAUCUCUGGUUAUUUUUCUGCUGACCUUCACUGCAAGUUGCCACUUUGUUGGUUUCUGCUGCAGUGUUUCUCAUCGGGUGUUUUUUAGGGAGCUCCUCCUGACUGGAUAUGGUGGUUUGCAUAACACAUAUUUUUACUGGGAUCCCAUUUUAUUUUCAGCUGGUCAAUCCCUCAUGUCCUAUAUUUUACUCUCCUAAGAAAACUUCCUGCUUUCCAGGCUGAAGGUGUCAUGUCAAGAGAUGUUAAAUAGGAGAGAACCAACCACUGAUCUCUGGGAGGGAGACCUCUCCCUCCAAUACAUACCUUUGUACACAUCAUUAUCUUAUAUUUGUGUGUCUCCAGCCAAUUUUUAAUUCCAUGUAGUGAUGUAGCCAAGCCAAUCUGAAUUAAUUUUGAGCAGGAUUCAUGUAUCAAAUGUUUAUUAAAAUCUAAAUGUAUCAAAUCCACCGUGUUCCCUUCAUCCACUAAUUUUAUAAUUCUAUUUUAAAAAGCAAUCACGUUUCUCCAGCACAAUUUGUUCUUUAUAAACCCCUACUGCUGAUAAUUGUUUUCUUACCUUUAUCCCUAGGUGGUUAGUGAUCUUUUUUUCCUCCCAUUUUCUUGAUUCUUUCAUUUUAUUGGCAAUAGAUAUUCCCGAGAACUUCAGAUUUCCCUUUUUCCUUUCUAAUGAUCAAUGGCACAAUUCCUUUAAUCUCCAGGCAGCUUCCUAGUUUUUGUAACUUAUCAAAAUUAUUGUCUGUGGUAAAAAAAGGGAGUUUGUCAUUUCCCUUGUAGCAGGUGGGUAGAUGUCUCUUCAUCACAAGCCCCAAGCCUGAAAACUUACUCAAGUAUACGCAAAGUGUUACAUCUUCAAUGAGCCAAAUGUGCUGUCUGUGAAACAAAUGUGUAGAAAACAUUACCAGGCUUUUUCCCUGGUAAUAUCUGUUCUGGGCAAUCGUUAUUGCUUACUGAGGAUGUAUCAGGAGUGUAUUUGUACAUGGUUAUUUUAUUAUAAUGUUCAUAAAAG